AUGGACCAAGGCCUGAUUUGGUCUUUCAAAUGUUCGUUUCGGAAACAUUUACUGGAAUAUGUUUUGUCUUUGGUCGAAGAUGAGCAACGUAACAUGAAAGCCGAGGUGGACAUUCUCACGGCCAUUCACCUGGUAAAGAAAGCUGGGGCGUCUGUGCAUCCGCACGUAUUGAUCAACGCUUUCAUGAAAGCAGGGUUCGAAUCCACAUUGAUUCAGUCGGUGAAAAACGCGAUUUGA